AUGAGUUUAAUUAAAAUAAUAAUUUUUAUAUCCUGUGCAGCAUUGUCAGUUUGCAGUUCAUCAGAUAUUUACUUGGAAAUAAACCUUAUAUCAUCAGCAAUUACAGAAAUUUGUGAAGAAUAUUUCAUGAAAAAAUCAAUAAACUUUGACAUAAUUGUAUUCGGCAAUUCGACAGCACGUGUGAGUAAAAUUAUUGAUCAAUUUUUAGGACAAAUUGAAGGCAAAGCUUUGUUAAACAUUGAGUAUGUCCAAAAUCUAGACACAUGGCACUAUAGACUCAAAAAUUCAGCUCUAAUCUUCUUCAGUCAAUCCAACGACAUCUGGAUGUUCUCAAGAAACUCAAGAAUGUCAAAUUUGUUCCGGAAAAGAUUCAAAUUUUUGAUGUAUUUUGAUAAAUUUCAUCGAUUUGAUCCAAUUAUGACAAAAAAUCAAGAUGACGUCACCAACGUCCUCUCACAUCAAUAUUAUAUUGUCAAUAACAACGAAGUCAUUCAAUUUUAUACAUUUGAGUAUUUUGAAGUUGACGCCUGCAAUAUGCCGACUAAAGUCAUCCUCAAUGUCUACGACAAAAUCACUCAAAAUUGGAACCAAAAACUUGAAAAUCACAAAAAAUUCACAAAUUUUAAUAAAUGUCCGCUGAUUGUUGCUGAAAAUUACGGACCAUUUUUGUAUUUUAAUAAAAAUAAUGAAGACCUGCUGAACUGCAUUCGACGACGUACUCGGAACUGCUUUGCACUAUUAACUCACUUUACUAGAACUAGAAAAGUUCAAGGAUUUACUUACGAUAUUUUUGAAAUUGCACAAAAAAUUGCCAAUUUUUCAACAAUUUUUAGAUUUGAGUCUGAAAAGCAUAGAAUUCAGCAAGUCGAUGACUUCCCAGUAGUCAAAAUAUUCAUGGGAUCUGUCAUCAAAAUGUAUAAUUAUGAAGUAAGUCCGACAGUCUACUCACUUAGUGGAUAUUUUGUGUUUGCAGUCACUCCUGGUGAAUUUUAUACCAAUUAUGAGAAGCUAUUGCUGCCAUUUGAUGAUGUCACGUGGAUCCUCUUGCUGCUCACAUUUGUUCUGGCUUUUUCUGUCAUUUUUGUGGUCAAAUUAAUGCCAAAAGUUGUGAAAACUUUACUUUUUGGACACCAGGCUCUACAUCCAGCAUUGAAUAUCCUGCAAAUAUUCUUUGGUGUUGCUCAAUUCAGGCUGCCUAAAGACUCAGUUCCACGAUUCAUUCUCAUGCUGUUUAUUGGAUUCUGUCUAAUUUUUCGGACUUGCUAUCAAAGUAAAAUUUUUGAGUUUAUGACAUCGGACAUGAGGAAGCCACCGCCAAAAGAUGUUAAGGAUCUUAUUAAGAAUAACUUUACCAUUAAGUCAUGCAAUGAGGGACAUGAAAUGGUCUUGAAUGACAUCCUUUUAACCUCAGAUGAAAGAAAGUUCAUCAAAAUAUUUGACAACUGCCAGGAUUAUGCGCAUACUUAUUGCAACUACUUGGACAAGGUUCGAGCAAAAUUUGCAUUUUUCAUGGAAGAUACUCAAUUUUCAACAUUCAAUGCUCUUUGUCAUGGAUCUGCUGUUAAGCUGAAACAUUUUAAAAAAGAUACAACCUUAAUAGCUUUAUUAAUGCUAAGGAAUAGCUUUCUUACUGAAAUUAUUAAUGAUAUUUUAGAAAAGACAAUUCCUUUUGGAAUUCCGCAAUAUUUGAUGGACUUUCAUCACUUGAUGCUAUUCAAGCACUACGAGAAAGUAAUUGUUAAAGUUCCAAAGGUCCUAAAAGUCGAUGAUUUGGGUUUUGGAUUUGAAGCGGAUAAGAACUGUUAUUGGAGUAUGGAUGGUGCUGAGGAUCCUAUUUAUGAGAUUGAGAACUGCUGUGUUAUGAAGAAGUUGACUAUUUGA